GGUUGUGACAUUUCUGAAAAAUUUUUCUUGAACCGUGAAGUGAUGAGUCGGCAAAUCGAUGGAAAGGAGUCAGCUAGAUGUACGGUCAGAAUGAUCCAUCCGAAAAAAGAUGCAGCUUCUCCAGUGUCGAAUAAAAACAGAUUGAUCAAAGCAAAACCAACAGUGGAUAUGGCACCUGUUUGUCGGAUCUGUGCACGUACUGGCACGGAACAGGAUAUGAGUUCGAUAGAUAGUCAAAGAAGCGAUGAAACCAUUGCAAAUAUGAUAAGCGAUUGUGGAGGAGUACUGGUUUCCCUUGAUGACACGCUACCGCAAUCUGUAUGCUCGACCUGUCUUGGUCGAGUAGAGGAUGCCUACAAUUUGCGGAAAUUGAUACGUACCUCGGGCUCUUCUCUUCGAGCAAUGUCCAGUCAGCUAAACAUGAACAUGGGGACUGCGACCCAGCAAACAAAUACUGAAAGGUUGAUUACAAAAAAAGCGGAUAAGUAUGUCAAUUAUCCCACUAAAGAUCAGAUUGAGAGAGUCGACAAAUUUGAAGACUAUGAUGUUAUUCAUUUGAAAGGAUUUCGUUGCUGCGGGUGCCAAAUGAUAUUUACUUCAAAAUUAGAGCUGAAAGAGCAUAGUAUAAGAAAACACUAUGUUAGUAAAGCCACGGUCAGCACAAUAACUGCUGCCUUCCAAUGUCCUACUUGCUAUGAGCGGUUUCCGAACAGGAUAAAGUUAUUGAAUCACUCAAAAAGUUACGAAUCCAACGAAAUAUAUCACUGCACGUUGUGCGAUGUCGUGUUCGAUAUAAAAUAUCGUCUCGAGCAACAUCAGAGCUUGAGCAAAGCUCACCGAAAUCAGUCAGAUGUGUCAACGGUAGAUCAUGUAGGAGAAGAACCUAAGACUCCAACCAAAUUGAAAAUUCGAUCUAACAUACGAAAACGUGUUACGAAAGAGCUGAAAUUACCCAGCGAAGAGUUCAUUAUUAGCACAGAAGAUACUUCCGAAUACCAGAUACUUCAUAUAGGUGGAGAAAGAUGUUGUGGUUGCGAUCUUAUAUUUCGUAAUUAUCAGGAAUUGGUAGAUCAUUGUACCGUGGUCCAUCCAAGUAGCAAAGGAGAGGCAAUGUUUGAAUGUACUCUUUGCUCGGAGCAGUUCGAUCAAGUACAGUCGUUUAACCGACAUAAUUCUGCUCGUACGCAGAAAGAGCUAUACUACUGUAAACUAUGCGAUUUGGUUAUAGAUGUGAGAUUCCGUUUUGAUCAGCAUCUUAAGAGCAGUGUUGCACAUCAAGCUGCCCUUAAGAAAUUAGGCAUCAAAUCAGCCAUACCCCUGGAAGAACGUAUGUUGACCGAGAAUCGCGCACUGGAAGCUGGUAUCGAUAUCGUUGAUAUAACGGAUAUGCGUUGCUGCGGUUGCAAUUUUGUUUGCAGUGAUAAGGCAGAGUUAGAAAAACACUCCGAAGAAAAACAUGGUUCUGAACGAGUUGCUGCAAAUGAAGAACGAACGCCAGAAUGUAACGUAUGUUUCAAGCGAUUCAGUUCUCCUGUACUUCUGAAGUAUCAUCAUAAUGCUUCUCUGCAGAGUACAGUUUACAAGUGCAAGCAAUGUGACUUGCAAUCGGAGAUAAAAUAUCAGGUUAUGCAGCACGUGGCAAGUGGUGUUCAUCCGCCAGUCGAAAAGAAGGCUAAAUCAGAUGAAAUAGAAAAGAAAGUUUACGCCUGUUGUUUUGCUAAAUGUACACUUGUGUUUGAAAAUUCGUCUGAUCUUCUGGAACACGUCAAAAACAGUCAUGCAUCGAAGCGAAGAGAAAAUGCCGAAGAACGAGAAUUCGAAGACUUCAUAUGUUACGUAUGUCACAAAAGUUUCCGCAAUGAAAAAUCCCUACAAAUACAUCAAUUUCCGCGGAGAACAGAAGGGCAUGUUUGCCGAACCUGUGGAGCCACCUUUUUGAAUCUAUCGACCUUUAUGACACACGAGAAAACCCACUACGCAAUACGAGAGUUUCAGUGUGAUUUAUGCGAUAAAGCGUUCUACGACGAGAGGGCUCUUCGAGUGCACAAAGUCUGUCAUAAUGAAGAGCGUCCGUAUGUUUGUGAUAUAUGUUCCAAGUCGUUCCUAAGGAAGGGUAACUUGAAGGUACAUAAACGGUGUCAUUCCCAAGGAAUCUGGGAAUGUACACACUGCCAGGAGAAGUUCAAAACCAAGCAAUCGCUAGUAUUGCACAUCCGAUAUCACACCGGUGAAAAACCGUACCAGUGCCGCUAUUGCGAGAACCGAUACAGUCACACAACUGACCGCCAGCGCCAUGAAAUGGCUGCCCACACGAAGGUGCGGCCACAUAAGUGUGCCAAGUGCCCGGCAGCUUUCAUUCGGAAACGGCAGUUGACAAUUCAUGAGCGAACGCACACGGGCGAACGACCGUACGUGUGUCAUAUCUGCGACAAAGGAUUCAUACAGAAUAACUUUUUGACGAAACACCUGGCAUCUCACGAAAAAGAUGAUGAGGAGAUGAAGGAACCGGAAUAUGCCUUUGAACUGGUGGAAGUCGAAAAUGUGGAGAACGACUAUUUGAUAGAUGUGGUGGAGGAACAGGUAAUAAAGGCUGGGAGUGACGAACAGUCGGACGAAGAAGUAGAAGACGAAGAAGAUUAAUAAGUGAAAUGCGGUAAAUUAAAA